UCCACCUUGCGCCGCCCCGCGCGCAGCCGAGGAGCAGCUGCCGGGAAACCCUAUGAACUCUCCAGAAAGGGCGUGACGAAGGGUCCUGCGGGGCGCGGUCCCGGACGCCCGGGUCCCCCUUCGGUAGAGCUCGCGGGCCGCAGAGCAGAGGAGCGGUGGAGGAUGAGCGAGCAGCCUCUGGGAACCUCUGCGCGGUAAUGCCAGCAUGAUGGUUGGUGCUCAGGGGAUGAGAUGCUGCUCUUGGAGAUGGAAGCCGAGCGCCAUUCUGCUCCUGUGUGCUUUGUGGAUUGUUUGUAUUCCUGGCUCAGUGUGGGGAUGUGGCAACUGCAGAGCUGUCCUGUCCAAUCCUUCUGGAACCUUUACUUCUCCAUGCUACCCUAACGACUACCCCAACACCCAGUCUUGCUCAUGGACCCUGCGAGCCCCCACUGGCUACAUCAUUCAGAUAACGUUUAAUGACUUCGACAUUGAAGAAGCUCCCAAUUGCAUCUAUGACUCACUGUCCCUUGAUAAUGGAGAGAGCCAGACAAAAUUUUGUGGAGCAACUGCCAAAGGCCUGUCAUUUAACUCAACUGUGAAUGAGAUGCAUGUGUCUUUUUCAAGUGACUUUAGCAUCCAGAAGAAAGGUUUCAACGCCAGCUAUAUCAGAGUUGCUGUAUCCUUACGGAAUCAAAAGGUCAUUUUGCCCCAGACACUAGAUACUUACCAGGUAUCAGUUGCCAAAAGUGUCUCCAUUCCUGAGCUCAGUGCUUUCACACUCUGCUUUGAAGCCUCCAAAGUUGGCAAUGAAGAUGGCGACUGGAUAGCUUUCUCCUACUCAGACGAGUCCCUCAUGCAGUUGCUCAGUUUUGAAAAGGCCAACAAUGGUUAUUUCCUGUCCAUUUCUGGCACAAGAUGCUUGCUGAACAGUGCAUUGUCCAUGAGGGAAAAUGAAGAGAUCUUCACGGAAAGCUUUGAGCAGCUUUGUCUUGUGUGGAAUAAUACUUUGGGCUCUGUUGGUGUAAAUUUCAAAAAGAACUAUGAAACAGUCCCAUGUGAUUCCACCAUGAAUACAGUCAUACCUGGGGAUGGGGUAUUGCUGUUGGGCUCUGAUAGAGACGCAAUUGCCUCUCUGAAGGGCAGCAUCUAUAACUUUCGACUUUGGAACUUUACGAUGGCUUCAAGAGUCCUCGCCAACCUCAGCUGUAGUGUGCCCGGGAAUGUCGUGGACUGGCACAAUGACUUUUGGAGCAUCUCAACCCAGGCUCUCAAAGCAGAGACCAACCUGAGCUGUGGUUCCUACCUGAUCCCGCUCCCCGCAGCUGAGCUGACGAACUGUUCGGAUCUGGGUACUCUCUGUCAAGAUGGAAUACUGUAUAGAAUAUCUGUUGUGAUUCACAAUGACCUUAAUCACCCUGAAGUAAAAGUACAGAGCAAGGUAGCAGAAUGGCUCAAUUCAACCUUCCAGAAUUGGAACUACACGGUUUAUGUGGUUAACAUAAGUCUUCAUCAAAGCACAGGAGAGGACAGGAUUAAAGUCAAGAGAGACACCAUGGAUGAUGACAAAAGGUUGGUUCUGUGGGCUCUUCUAGUCUACAAUGCCACCAAUAAUGACAACCUGGAAGGAACGACGAUUAAACAGAGGAUUCUAACAAACAACGCAUCACUGGCGCUUGGCUUGAGGCUGUGCACAGUCGAUGUGAAGCCGCUGGGUAUGUGUAGUGCCUUGGAGGAUCCAGAGGGCUUUAGCUGGCCAGCCACCUCCCCUUCUGUCUACAAACAACCAUGUCCAAACAAGCCUGGCUAUUUUAUGAUGCGGACAUGCCUUUCUAAUGGGACAUCGGCCUACUGGAGCCCCAUUGAUGCCUCCAACUGCUCAAGACAGUCGAGUGAAAUGGCCAGUGCGAUAUUAAAUUUAACUGGCGAUGGGCAGAACCUAACCUCAGCCAAUAUUAGCAACAUUGUAGAACAGGUCAAAAAGAUUGUGAACAAAGAAGAAAAUAUUGAUAUAGCACUUGGCUCCACUCUAAUGAACAUAUUCUCUAAUAUCUUAAGCAGUUCAGAUAGUGACUUACGGGAGUCGUCUUCAGAAGCUCUAAAAACAAUUGAUGAGCUAGCCUUAAAAAUAGACCUGAACAGCACACCACGCGUGAACAUUGCGACACAGAAUUUGGCUCUUGGAGUAUCAUCCCUGAUGCCAGGGACAGAUGCACCUUCAAAUUUUAGCAUUGGCCUUCCAAGCAAUAAUGAAUCCUAUUUCCAGAUGGACUUUGAGAAUGGACAGGCAGAUCCUCUGGCAUCUGUGAUUUUACCUCCAAACUUGCUUGAGAAUUUAAGUCAAGAAGAUUCUGCAUUAGUCAGAAGAGCACAGUUCACUUUCUUCAACAAAACAGGACUUUUCCAGGAUGUAGGAUCUCAAAGUAAAAUCCUAGUGAGUUAUGUGAUGGCAUGCAGCAUUGGAAACAUUACUAUCCAGAAUCUGAAAGAUCCAGUUCAAAUCAAAAUCAAACACACCAGAACUCAGGAAGUGUAUCGCCCCAUCUGUGCCUUCUGGGAUCUGAACAAAAAUAAAAGUUUUGGAGGAUGGAACACCUCAGGAUGUGUUGCACACAUGGAUUCAGAUGCUGGUGAGACCAUCUGCCUGUGUAACCACUUCACUCACUUUGGAGUCCUCAUGGAUCUUCCAAGAAGUGCCUCACAAAUAGAUGGAAGAAACACAAAAGUCCUCACAUUCAUCACCUAUAUUGGGUGUGGAAUAUCUGCUAUUUUCUCAGCAGCAACUCUCCUAACAUAUGUUGCUUUUGAGAAACUGCGCAGGGACUAUCCCUCCAAAAUCCUGAUGAACCUGAGUUCAGCCCUGCUCUUCCUGAAUCUCAUCUUCCUCCUGGACGGCUGGAUCACGUCCUUUGAUGUGGCUGGCCUCUGUACGGCUGUGGCUGCCCUACUGCACUUCUUCCUCUUGGCUACCUUCACCUGGAUGGGCCUGGAGGCCAUCCACAUGUACAUUGCUCUUGUCAAAGUGUUCAACACCUACAUCCACCGGUAUAUUCUAAAAUUCUGCAUCAUUGGCUGGGGUCUGCCUGCCUUGGUGGUGUCAAUUAUUCUGGCGAGCAGAAAACAAAAUGAAGUCUAUGGAAAAGAAAGUUAUGGGAAAGAGCAGGAUGAUGAAUUCUGCUGGAUUCAGGAUGCCGUGGUGUUUUACGUGAGCUGUGCCGGGUACUUUGGAGUCAUGUUCUUCCUGAAUGUUGCCAUGUUCAUUGUGGUCAUGGUACAGAUCUGCGGGAGGAAUGGGAAGAGAAGCAACCGGACCCUGAGAGAAGAGGUUUUAAGGAACCUGCGCAGCGUGGUCAGCCUGACCUUCCUGCUGGGCAUGACGUGGGGUUUUGCUUUCUUUGCCUGGGGACCCUUAAAUAUCCCUUUCAUGUACCUCUUCUCCAUCUUCAAUUCUUUACAAGGUUUAUUUAUAUUUAUCUUCCACUGUGCAAUGAAGGAGAAUGUUCAGAAACAGUGGAGGCGUCAUCUCUGCUGUGGCAGGUUCCGGCUAGCAGACAACUCAGAUUGGAGCAAGACAGCUACCAAUAUCAUCAAGAAGAGCUCUGAUAACUUGGGGAAAUCUUUAUCUUCAAGUUCCAUUGGCUCCAAUUCAACAUAUCUCACAUCCAAAUCGAAAUCCAGUUCCACCACGUAUUUCAAAAGAAACAGCCACUCAGACAGCACAUCCACAGACAAGUCCGCGUCAAAACUGAGCCAUGCCGGUGGAGAGCAGACUUCAAUCAUCCCUGUCCAUCAGGUUAUUGAUAAGGUCAAAGGUUACUGCAAUGCCCAUUCCGAUAACUUCUAUAAAAAUAUUAUCCUGUCAGAUACGUUCAGCCACAGUACAAAGUUUUAAUGUCACUGAUAUGAAGGAAGAGAGAAAGAAAAACGCAAACCUGUCUGGAGAAGUGAGAAGCCCUAUAAGCAGCAAAAACUUGGUCCAGCGGAAGUCAGUGUGCCGUUCCCUAGGUAACUCCAGAGAAUCGAGGACUGGAUGUUGUUAGGGAAGCUUUUGUGAGAUGCAGAAUUCAUCUUCUCAGAAUAUUUCCUCCCUGGACGGGCUUCAGUCAUCACAGUUGAGAAGUGAGAACACUCUGAACACGCAAGGAGACGGGACUUUUCAGAAUGAGCAAUGGAAUCAAACUCCUCAGGAUUUGAGGGAAAAGCAUUACAAUUAGAGGACACAAGAAGAAGAAACGCAAUGGUGAUUCUAGUUUAGAUCUCAUCUACCCCAUCUCAUGGUUAGGCUUGGAUGUGGCCCGACUUUCAUAAAGACUACGUAGAAAACACACUAAUGUUUGUAGUGAUGUUGGAUGCUCACGGGUGCUGUUCCAGUGCUAUUUUCUAUGAAUAUAGCAGCAUCUUUGUCUUGUUCAGUGAAAUGUCAACCGUAAGUGGAAGAGAUGUUUACUAUUUGAUCCACAUCAUAUUAAAUGUACUUUUUUCCUGUUAUGUCAAAUAUUUAACUUUCAUGAACAUACCUUGCUAAAAAAAGUUUUUCAAAAAUUUGAUCCAGUUAAUAUAUUGUAUAAAUUUCUAAUAUCUCAAGAUGUAUACCUUAAGCAUCACCAUCAUCCCAGGCACAUGAAUCCAGCUGAAUAUGGACUUUGCAUUAAAGUGGGCUUCCAGGAAAUUAAGAACAAACUUGCUGCAUACCUGCCUUCACCCCCAUCCUUCUUCACUGUGCAUUGGGCUCACAGGUUCGGGAGAGGAAUGAGAAUUCCCGUUAAGCACCCUGUAUGCAAUGGUCUCUCACCAUUUAAAGACCACGCUUUUAAGCCUAUCCCUGGUUUAAUGAUUUUAAGACAUUUCAGAUCAUAUAAACUUCAGAGACCUCUGACUUCCCCUGGUGAUAAUCUUGUUCCAAGGACCAUACACAAGGACCAUUAACUGUCUCAGUUAAUCAAAAUAAUUUAUAAAUACGUCGGUCUACAACUGCUAGUCUAAAAACUAUUUGCACUGAGCCCUCCAAUCAGAGUGUGUAAGAGCCUAAAGAAGGCUGGCAGAUACACUACUCUAUGGUGUAAUAUUUAUGAAUCAGACUGUGGCAUGCACGUCAUGCAUAGCAUUAAGCAGCUUACCUAACUCCUAAAUGACCCUAAACAAUGUGUGCUUGCUAAUGAGGGUAUAGGUUGUUCUCAAGUGGUGGAAUCCUAUCCACUGGCCACAGUACAUGCUGGCUUUAGCUUUGCUCAAGGUUCUCUGGGAAGUUCCAGAUUUGGCAGGACAGUAGCAUAGUGAGAACGAGGGAAGAGAUUGUGACAGAGCCAGUCAGAAGGCAGAGGCCAGACCUGAACCUCUGCACAGAAAGUAGGUCAUUCUUGGGUAAGAUAGAGAACUUCAGGCUUUGCAAGCUGAAGGGUCCUCUAGUCUCACAGAGUGUCAAUCAUAAAGCCAUUUGCCAGGCUGCAAAAGAUGUUGAAAGAAUGUGGUGGGAUGCUGUUGCCAUUCCAUUUUGUAACAGGCUGGACUGCCAUCAUGGUGGACAUGAACUUUGCUAGGCCUGGCUUUCACAGAGGAGGAGGCCAUUUAGGAGAAAAGGAUAGUAAAUCUUAAGGUCACAAAGAUUUGCUUCAGUAGAGCCAAUCCUUUCCUUUGGGCUUAUAUUAGCAGGCUGCUCAUUGUGCCAGAGGAUACAUAGAGUAAAAUUUAAGUCACUAAAUAUUCACAUAUCCCCCCCAAACUUAGGUGUUCAUGAUAGAUUUUAAUUAGCUUUCUAUUGUGAGAUUUCUGCACAAAGUGCAUAUUUAGUUAAUAAAAAUUUUGACAUAGCUUUGAAAAAUGGCUUUGUUUUUGCUUUCUGCUUACAAGUGUUCAGAUCAGAGAAAACCUUUCUGUUUUGUUUUGUUUUGUUUUGUUUUCAUAUUUGGCAAUAAUGUCAGCUCAACUUAAAAAAUAUCUGAUGACCAGGUAAGGAAAAAAAAAAUGAAGAAAUACCAGACUAGAAAUAUUUGCAAAUGGGUUUAAAAGACUGAUCCAAAUUCUAUCUUUGGUUCCAAGUAUGUGGCUUUAUUUGCAUUUGGCUCCUCAGAAGAAUGGGGCAGGAAUUCCAUGGGAGAGCCAGCUGUCAGCCUACACCGUAAAGCAGAACCAGUUCAGAGCCCGGUUCCUCAUCCCCCACCCUCUCUUCCCCUUGUGCUGCAUUAGAGCUUUAGCGUCCUGAGAUAAUGUCCAUUCUUGUCACUAGUUCUUACCGUACGAAGAUUUUGUCAUUGGCACUGUCUCUCCUGUACAUAUUUAUUUAUUUGUGUCCAUGUCAGUUUGUUUCAGGUCUUAGCUUUCCAUUGCCCAGCUUUAUUUUUCCGUUAGAGAGGCUGUAUUAUUUUUUUUCUAGGAACAAUUGUGACACGGUUUUCUGUAGCAAUGUCUUUGAGUGUGGAGACAGGAGCAGGUGUGAGAGCAAACUAGGAUUGGUGGUGAGAAACUGCUAAGGCUGAUUUGCCAUUUUACUGAAAUGGAAAAUGAUCCUUCAA